UCUAAGUAGAAAAUGAACCCGCGAAAUCAAACAUGAGGAGAGUUUCACCGAGAAAAGAAAACACGCGAGUCUCUCUCAUCCAAUCACUCUCUUCUUUCUUCCAAACAUAUGAAGAUCACUGGAAGAAUAAUUGAUUUGACCACAAAAAAUCUUCCUCUUUUAUUGCAUUUUCUUUUGACAUCAUUAGACUGUCUGAGGAAUUUUUGUUGAACUGCGUAUCAUUUUUCUGUCCCUUUCUACGGUCCCAGUUUCUUGGAAUUGAAAGAGGUCACAUCACAUUUCCCGUAUCUGGGUUCUCUUCAUUUUUUCAAGGGAGCAUUCCCAGAGAAUCAGGUCUUCGAGUUUCUCCUGGGUUGCUAUCUCUGGCAAAUACAUGAAUAUAAUUACCGUUGAUCAUGGUGAAGAAAAGAAAGACUUCCUUCCUUCAGCAGAUGCGCGCCAUGGGCAAGAUGAACAUGCCGGGUUCGCUAGGUUAAAAAACAAGUUCAUCUCAGAGUCUUUCCUGGCCAACCUUCCUAGCUCACUAGUUCUAGCAUACCAAAGCUUUGGCGUGGUAUAUGGAGAUCUGAGCACUUCACCACUUUAUGUUUACAGCAGUACAUUUAAUGGGAAGUUGGAGAAUCAUCAGAAUGCUGAUGCAGUAUUGGGGGUGUUUUCAUUAAUCUUUUGGACCUUAACACUGAUUCCAUUGCUCAAAUAUGUAUUUAUCAUCCUGAGUGCCGAUGAUAAUGGGGAAGGUGGGACAAUUGCUCUUUACUCCUUGCUUUGUAGACAUGUAAAAAUCAGUUUACUUCCUAAUCAACAAUCAGCUGAUGAGGAACUUUCGUCCUACAAAUAUGGUCCCUUGCGGCAGUCUUCAUUAUCUUUAGCAUUGAGGAGAUAUCUUGAAAAACACAAAAAGUCACGGACAGCAUUGUUGCUUGUAGUAUUACUUGGGGCUGGCAUGGUAAUAGGUGAUGGUGCAAUUUCCCCUGCUAUGUCAGUACUAUCAUCAAUAUCUGGGCUUACUUCUGCUGACACUAGAUUGGCCAACGGUGCAAUAAUGUCCCUUGCUUGCAUCAUAUUGGUUGCCCUUUUUGCUUUGCAGCACUUUGGCACCAAAAGGGUUGGUUUCCUGUUUGCGCCAGUAGUUGUCCUCUGGUUGUUAACAAUUUUUGCAGUGGGAGUGUAUAAUACAAUAUACUGGAACCCAGAAGUUAUAUUUGCUGUUUCUCCACAUUAUAUUGUCAAAUUCUUUCGUCAAACUGGUCGUGAUGGAUGGAUUUCUCUCGGAGGGGUCCUUCUAUGCAUAACAGGUACCGAGGCAAUGUUCGCAGAUCUUGGUCAUUUCACUGCAUGUUCAAUUAGGAUUGCAUUUGUAUUCAUUGUAUAUCCUUGCUUAGUGGUGCAAUAUAUGGGCCAAGCUGCUUAUCUGUCAAAAAAUAUUUCUGCUAUUCCAGUUGGCUUCUAUGCUUCAAUUCCUGAUGCUGUAAUUUGGCCUGUCUUCAUUAUUGCAACCCUUGCAGCUAUAGUUGCCAGUCAGGCUAUAAUUUCAGCCACAUUCUCUAUUGUUAAGCAAUGUCAAGGACUUGGUUGCUUCCCCCGAGUGAAGAUUGUCCACACCUCAAAACAAAUCCAUGGGCGGGUCUAUAUACCAGAGAUUAACUGGAUGCUCAUGAUUCUUACUCUUGCUGUCGCUGUUGGCUUCCACGACACUAAUAAGAUAGGCAAUGCUUAUGGCCUAGCUGUCCUGUCCGUGAUGUUGAUUACGACUUUUCUCAUGGCACUAGUGAUGGUCUUUGUGUGGCAAAGGAGUGUAGCACUUGCUGUUGUUUUCUUCCUUUUCUCUUGGUUUAUUGAAGGUGCUUACCUUUCAGCUGCAUACAUAAAAGUUCCUCAGGGAGGAUGGGUCCCUCUUGCACUCUCUUUGAUCUUUAUGUUGAUCAUGUUUGUGUGGCACUAUGGAACUUGCAAGAAAUACAACUUUGAUUUGCACAACAAGGUGCCUUUGAAAUGGAUACUUGGUCUAGGCCCCAGCCUUGGCAUUGUUCGUGUUCCCGGGAUAGGCCUCAUAUACUCAGAGCUGGCAACAGGAGUUCCACCAAUCUUCUCGCAUUUUGUGACGAAUCUCCCCGCCUUUCAUAAUGUUUUGGUAUUUGUUUGCGUGAAAUCUGUUCCGGUGCCCCACGUCUCACCAGCUGAACGUUUCCUCAUUGGCCGCAUCUGCCCUCGACCUUAUCGGAUGUAUCGAUGCAUUGCCAGAUAUGGAUACAAGGACUUACAUGGAGAUGAUGAGAAUUUUGAGAACCUGCUGAUUAAAAGUAUAGCUGAGUUUAUUCAAAUGGAAGCGGUCGGGCUGGUCACGAGCCCAGAAAUGGCUUAUGAUGGGCGGAUGGCAGUCAUAAGCUCCAAAACUGUUCAGUCCACCACGAGUCUGACCGUAACCGAAGGUGACGAAGAUGGAGCAAGCCCUCCCAUUCCAACCAGCAAAUCUUCCACUCUACACAGUUUAAGAAUGUCAUACGAAGAAGAGAACCCACAUCUGAGGCGGCGUCAACUGAGGUUUCAAAUACCUCAAUGUCCCACGAUGGAUCCAGCUGUAGCCGAAGAACUUUCAGACUUAAUUCAGGCAAAAGAAGCAGGUGUUGCUUAUAUAAUGGGGCACUCUUAUGUUAAGGCUAGGAGGUCAUCCUCAUUUCUAAAGAAGCUCAUCAUCGAUUUUGGUUACUCGUUUCUGCGCAAGAAUUGCAGGGCUUCUGCUGUAGGCCUUCACAUUCCUCAGAUUAGCCUUAUUGAAGUGGGGAUGGUAUACUACGUCUAGAAACUUUGUGGGAAACUCUCUUCUUCUGAGUUACUGGGAUAAAUUUCCAGUAGGAUACCAUAUUACUUGAGUCAAAAAAACUCAUCUUUCCCCUUUUCCCCCUUUUCUCUAAAAAUGUUA